AUGGAAGUUGUUGAAAUCCCUGUGGCAUUCUUCAAGUGCCUCCUUCCCAUGGGUCCAGAUGACAAAGAUGUCACCAAUGUAGCACAACUGGUCAUUCCUGGCCUGGAGACAGCCCACGUCUGGAUCGCCAUCCCCUUCUGUGUCAUGUACGCCAUAGCCCUCUUGGGGAACUUCACCAUCCUGUUCAUUGUGAAGAAGGAGCCCAGUCUCCAUGAGCCCAUGUACUAUUUCCUCUGCAUGCUGGCUGUCACCGACCUGGUGCUGUCCACCUCCAUUCAACCCAAAAUGCUGAGCAUCUUCUGGCAGUGGCCGUACUGCAGAACCAACAUCAUCCCCCACACGUACUGUGAGCACUUGUCUGUGCUGAAGCUGGCCUGUGCUGACACACGCAUCAGUACUUCCUACGGCCUCUUUGUGUUAUUUUUUGUGACAGGUCUGGAUGUGCUUUUUAUCAUCGUGUCCUAUACCCAGAUCCUCAGGGCUGUCUUCAGCCUCCCCACCAAAGAUGCCUGGCUCAAGUCUUUGGGGACAUGUAGUGCUCACUUUUCUGCCAUUUUAGCUUUCUACAUGCCAGGUCUCUUCACCUACCUCACGCAUCGAUUUGGCCAAAACGUGGCCCCACAUUUUCAUGUUCUCAUUGCCAGCGUCUACCUCCUGGGGCCUGCCAUGCUAAACCCCAUCAUCUAUGGGGUGAGGACCAGGCAGAUCAGGAACAAGCUGCUCCAUCUGUUUAGUAAGAAAGAGACUUGA